AUGACGGGACGACGACCGCGGACGGUGACGAUGGUGUCCACGGUGCUCGUCGCGACGUGCGCGCUCGCGCUCGCGCUCGCGGCGACGCCGGUGCGCGCGCAGUACGGGAAUGUGUAUAAACCGUACAGUACGUACUACGGCCAGCCGGGGUACACCGGGCCGACGACCGCGAACUCGAUGGCGUGCACGACGGACGGCACGACGAAGAUCACGAAGUUUGGUCCCGAUUUCGGCACCGCGUGCGCGUCGAGCUCGUCGGCGAGCGUGUGCAGCGGCACCGCGAGCGCUUCGACGGGGUGCUGCGACCGAGACGCGGCGGGCGGCGGCGGCGCGUGCAAUCAAUACACGUGGGAGUACGAGACCUACAAGUACUGGGUACAAGAUGAAAGGCCGAAUCUCCCGAAGCCUUUCACCGGGAUCCCUCGCGUGGACAUUAAGACGAACAAGGAAUACAAGGGUCAGAUGGCCAUCACGGACUCGUACAUUGGCUCCAUCAUCGGCCAAGCGCUUCCGGGUCUCGUCAUCGCCAUCUUGCUGUUGUUGUCCAUGAUUCUCGUCUUGGUGUUUUACAUCCUCUCUUCCUGCUGCAAGUGCUGCGGUUUGUGCAACUGCUGCUUCCGGCCCGCGCCGUACACGCGCAAGUCGCUGCACAUCGCGAAGGGCAUUCAGCUCGUCUUCGUCGUGCUCGCCGCGUGCGGAUGCUUCGUCAUCUUUGCCGGAUCGCCGGAUGUUCACGACGGUGUGUCGCUCCUCACCAGUGGUUUGUUGAACGCGUCGGUGGCGCUUCAGGAUGACGUUGACAUUCUCGCAAACGCCGUCGGCAGCCGUCUUGGGACCGAGGUGACCGAUCUGCAAAAUGCGGCUGAUACCGUCACCAGCGCCAUCAAAAGUACGAACAAAGCCAUCGAUAGGGCGAAGGAUCAAGUACAGCUCGGCGCUGACAUCGUCUCUGGCGUGCUCCUCGGCAUCGCCGUUCUCACGAUGAUUCUCUCCAUCCUCAACUUUUGGCGCAUCCUCAUCCUCUUCUCCAUCUUGACGUCGUUGAUUCUCAUCAUCACCUGGAUCGUCGUCGGUGCUUUGGCCGCGGUCGGUGUCUUUCUCGACGAUUUCUGCUACUCGGUGGACAGAUACGUCGAGGAUCCGCAGCAAAUCGAUCUGAGCAAGGACAUUCCGUGCGCGAAAGAGAAGGACGUCAUCGAGUUCGGCAACGCUUUCCGACAGUUGAUUGCCUCCGUCACCGAUGAGAUGAACAAGGCAAUCGACGCAUCGUACUCCGGUAAUCCUGGUCCAGGUUACAUCUGCAUGCCGUACGAAAUGCAAACUUUGGACGACUUGUGUGGAACGAGCGCUGCGCUCCAGGCGGGGAGCUUCAGAGGACCACUGUGGAACGACGAGUACGCCAACUACGUGUGCAAGGCGUACCAUCAAGCUAAGCUCCCACCGGGUACCACGGCGUUCCCGUCGUGGGGUUGCCUCACCUCGCCAGCCUGUGGUACUGGUUACACAAACGGCACGGUGUCUACGCGGAGUGCCGCCUGCAUGUUCAAGAAAGACCUGGCCACGGUUGACAACACUACGUACCCCAAUCUCGCGUCAGAUUCGACUUUCACCAGUAAUCUCGCCGAUGUCCAAGCGUUGAACAACGCUAUUCCGACGUUGGAGUCGCUUCUCAAGUGCGACUUCAUCAGGAACACCUUCAUCGCCAUCUCUCCGGGUUGCGGCGCCACGGUCGACGCGCUCCAAAUGGUCUGGCGCGGCUUCAUCGUCACCGCAGUCGGCUACUUGUGCCUGUGGAUCUGCAUGCUCGUCACUCUCGGCCGCAUGUCCAACGCGGAUUUGAUGAUCGACGGUGGCAGAUUCAACGCCAAGAAGGCUGGGUUGGUUUAA